AUGGGCAGGGAAGACCCUGCGCGCCUGGGGCGCCAUCCGCGAGGGCACCUGGUGGCUCUGACCGUGAGCCUCUUCCUCACCUGCUGGCCAGGCUCCACUGCAUCAACGACGUCUACCCAGUCCUUGACAAGACCAGGCAGCAACACCCACAUCACACGGGAGAAUUCUAGACCCACAGGAACCACAGGUUCAACCAGCAUCAGCAAAACCAGUACAUUAACUUCUGGAGAACAAAGGAGUCCUGAGAACAUCAACCUCACCAGUGUUUCAGGAGUGACAACCACGUCUCCUUCUACCAUCUUUGUCCCAGAGAACACAAUCAGCCAUCCAACAAUGGCCGAAAAUGAGACCAAGGGAAAUUUGAGUGCCUCUAUAGCCCCACCUGAGACCUCUGUGACUGAAAGAAGAAACAGUUGGGGUACCACCUCUAACACCUCAGAUUUGAGCACUGUUGACAGCCAGCAAGAAAGUUCUACUCAGGUCUCUCCAUCACACACAGUAGGGGAGCUCAGAAGUCCUGACACCACUGCUGAUGGAAACAGCCCCAGCACAACUGCCCCCGGGAGCUCUGACGUCUCCAGGACACUAGAUCCCAGCACCCCAAGGGAAGCAUCAUGGACCAAUGCAGGUACAAGUGAAUCCUCAACUGAACCCCAGCCCACUUGGGAGACAGAGACGAGUUCUGGAGAGGAGACACUGACCAAUGAGACAGGCCGUAUCAGCACCUCCUAUGAUACCUGGGUGGAUUCUGAGUCCACUGAGCCAAGUAUAAGCUUCACUGAAACAGCAUCACCUAGAGAAACAGCUUCAGACACACCCACCCUAGAAGCCCCAACCGGACAAACCACCGAGCAGUUUACAUCUCCCACUGAGAUCUCUCAGACAGGUGACAGCGACACAAGGACCAGCCAGGAUACAGCCUACCUAACUAGCAGAGACACAGCUUCCUCUGAAACGACUACACAUUUGACCCCAGCCGUCAGCAGUGCCCCAGUGUCCACGGCUACAGCGGUGGCCACAGGGGCUCCUGGCUCAAGUGUUCCAGCAGGGACAACCCCCACAUCUAGCAAGGUUUCUUCCGCAACUCCAGAAGUCUUAUCUACAGAGAAUCGUGAUUCUGGGGAGCCAAGCACCUGGGGUCUGACUCCAUCAACCUCCAGACACCAUUUUUCCUCUCAUGAAACCAGCCCUGCAGGAGAUAUCACGAAAAGCACCAGUCCUCCUCUGCUCAUGUCCACUUCGAUUCCUGAUGAUACAGCAUCAGGGCUCGGCACAUCCUCAGACCUUAAGUUCACCUCCUCUGUGCACACAGAGACCCCUGAGACCACAGCGAAGACAGAGGCCAGCUCGGCCUUCCCUCCCUCCAGCGCGCUCAGUAAUGCAGAAACAGGUACUGAAAGAGUCAGAGGGUCAGUGGCAACCACCACCAUGGAUCUGAGGGACAAGGAACCUGGAAGCACUACACGGCCAGUGGGUAGCUUCACAUCUCUGGAGACCAUCAGUCUGGGUAUGUGUGGUCAUAUUUUGGUACAUAAUGCUUGA